AAAAGGCAUUUAAUUAUUUUAAUUGCCGGUAAAUAUAAAAGCCGAUAUGGACCGAAGAGCCAUCAGUGAGCGUUUGAUAUGCGGAGAGCAAAGAUGGCUCAAUCCAAAAGUAGUCACUAUGGAGUUUCGAUGUGCGUUCUGAUGUUCCUCUUUGUGGGAUCUCUAAACGCCGAGUGUUGCACGGAGGGCGAGACCAAAGGCGAUGAGGAUGAUUGCACCAAGUAUCUGGUCUGCUGUCAGGGUGAAUUUAAGUCCAAGUCCUGCGAAAACGGACUGUAUUGGGAAUCUGAGAAGGGUGAAUGCGCUGUGGAUAAUGGCGAAUGCAAGCCGCCAACUUGUGAGAAUGGAACGAUCGUAGCGAAUCCCGACGACUGCGCAGGGUUUUUGGAGUGCGUCAACGGAACCAUAGUGAUCGUUAGCUGUCCGGACGGAGAAUACUUCGAUUCGGCACAGAAUAACUGUGUUCCCGACACCUGCGGAGCUUGCAUUAACUGCACCGAGGGAAGCACAAAGGCCGACCUCAACGACUGUGCCAAGUUCCAGGUAUGCGUUAAUGGAAAGUACGUGUCUAAAACUUGCCCCGUCGGAGAUUACUGGAACUCGUUGGAACACAAGUGCCAAAAAGACGACGGCCAAUGCAAUGGCACUCCGGGGUGCAAAGAUGGAGAACUAGAGGUUGAUCCAACCGAUUGUGCAGGAUACUUGUCUUGUUCCAAUGGUACCUUUGUGAGUGUGAAAUGCCCUGAAGGAAAUUACUUCAAUACCAUCUAUAAAACUUGCGUUCCCGAUACUGAGGGAAUUUGCGUGAACUGCACCGAGGGAACCCAGAAACCCGAACCCACCGAUUGCACCAAGUACCAAGUCUGCUCUGGUGGCAAGUUCGUGACUAAGUCCUGCGAAACUGAUUAUUAUUAUAAUAACAAAACUGCACGUUGUGAAGAGGACGAUGGUCAGUGCAAAGGUAAUGGUACAACUUGUACCGACGGUGACGUAAAGGUGGAUCCUACGGAUUGUGCAGGAUACUUGUCUUGUUCAAAUGGUACCUUUGUGAAUGUCAAGUGCGCUGAAGGAAAUUACUUCAAUACCAUUUAUAAAAAUUGCGUUCCCGAUACUGAUGGAGUUUGCGUGAACUGCACCGAGGGGACCCAGAAACCCGAACCCACCGAUUGCACCAAGUACCAAGUCUGCUCUGGUGGCAAGUUCGUGACUAAGUCCUGCGAAACUGAUUACUAUUAUAAUAACAAAACUGCACGUUGUGAAGAGGACGAUGGUCAGUGCAAAGGUAAUGGUACAGCUUGUACCGACGGUGACGUAAAGGUGGAUCCUACGGAUUGUGCAGGAUACUUGUCUUGUUCCAAUGGUUCCUUUGUGAGUGUCAAGUGCGAUGAAGGAAAUUACUUCAAUACUAUCUAUAAAACUUGCGUUCCCGAUACUGAGGGAGUUUGCGUGAAGUGCACUGAGGGUGCGAUAAAGGAAAAUCCUUCUGAUUGCGCCGGAUACUUGCAGUGCAUAAACGGAAAAUAUGUUGCCAGGAAGUGUUCCGCUUCAAUGUUCUUCAAUGUCACAAAGCAGGAGUGUGUGGUCGACACAGAUGGUGUGUGCAUCCCCAAGACCUGCGAUCCGGAUUGUUGUGAUGUUCCCAAUAACUCCAUCUGGCCCGUGGAGAAGAAUUGCUCUGCCUUUUUCCAGUGUGUAAAUGGCAACAAAUUCGAGCAGAGGUGCUCCAACAACUUGCAAUAUAAUAACAAGACGGAACAGUGCGAUUACCCCGAAAAUGUGGGUUGCGACGAUGGAUCUGCGCCUCCAAGUGGUCCUACUGCCGGACCAUCGGGAACUUAUUGCGAGAGCCACGGACGCUGUGUUGGCCAGCGGGAUGGAACCAUGUUCGCCGAUGCCAGUGGAAAAUGUAGUUCCGCCUAUGUCGUCUGCCAGUGCGAGUGUGAGGUCGAUAUGAGCUGUUUUUCUGGACUGUGGUUCAAUAAGCAGAUCAAUUCAUGCGAUUGGCCUGAUAAUGUAAAAUGCUAAAUGUUUCAAUAAACAGUGUUUAAAGCACCAAA